AUGCAUUCACUGACCGCAAAAGACGAGCAAUCCAAAGAUGAUUCCUCAAACGAGAAGCAAGACGCUAUUGAACGCAGGAGACUUCAAAAUCGGCUAUCUCAAAGGAAUCAUCGCCGCAAGAUCCGGGACAGGAUCGCCAAACUCCAAGAGCGUGUUAUCGCUAGCGAGCUCAGAGCUGUUGCAACGCUGAAUGGAUGGGAUCCAGCGAGUCCUUCAGCCGCGUCGAUGAUCGAAUCCAAGCCGCAAGGUGACAUUGAUAACAGCUCGAUGGCUUCUGCUUUGGAAGAUCCAGCAGUUUCGGAUUCCUCCCAACAGAACGUCUCCUCCAGUCUUUGUCGUUCAUGCUGUAGUCUACUUAACCAGGUGCCCGGUUCGUCGUCUCUACCCCCCCAACUUUCGCCUCUGCCGUUUGACAUUGGUCUCGCCAACGGGGUUGACUCUGCCAACCCAUCACCUUCUACUCUCUUGAACUCUCCUCCCUCCUCGUCUCAGCUCAACCCUUUCAGCUUGGACGCAUCUUUGAGUAUGGCGGGGCUUCACACUCCAAGUGAAUUCAGCUACCCGCCAUAUCCUGACCCUCCAGGUUCCCAGCAUCCUCCACAUUGUCCACACUACUAUGUAGCAACAGGUGAGACCACUGUGCCAAUACGAACAGAUAACUGA